GGCCACUUCAGUGGGCAGUCGCGCUGGAGACAGCAGCGAGGGAGCGCCUCGACACACGCCCUUCUAUCUCUUCUGUUUGCCUGGACUGCAUGAGGGAGAACCGGACCAUGGCGGAGUGGUGGUAUUUGUGUGUGUGGACCGAACCAAGAACUCCAAAGUUAUGUCCACUAAUAUCUAGCCUGAAUUGUGUGGCUUAAAGGAGAGGAAGUCUGUUUUUUUUUUUUACCUUUGCUUUAUCUUGCUCUGAUCUUUCAUACUAUCUUCAAUUAGCUUCAAGCUCACCUUAAAAUAAUAGAUUCAUUCAUCUGGAAGUGUAUAGGCUGAAUGAUUUCAGCCGUAAGGCACUCCAAGGAUCUAUCGCGCAGGAAUUUAUAUCUUCCCUUGGGCGAGCUCUCACAGCAUGAACCAGACACCCAACGUUACCUCCGCCUCGGGGGGCGGUGGCAGUGGGGCGGGUGGUGGUGGUGGUGGUGGUGGUGGCAGCGGCGCGUGGGUGACCUCCCUCCUCGGCGCCACGCUGCUGAGCAUGUGUGUGCUGGGCAUGGCGGGCAACCUCUACACGCUCCUGGUGAUGCGCUCGGCGGUGCUGCGCCGCACCGGCUCCAUGUACGUGUUCAUCCUCAACCUGGCCAUGGCCGACCUGCUCUACCUGGGCACCAUCCCCUUCGUGGUGUGCACCUACUUCGCCCACAACUGGUUCUUCGGCGAGACGGGCUGCCGCAUCCUGCUCAGCCUCGACCUGCUCACUAUGCACGCCAGCGUCUUCGUCCUGGUGGCCAUGAGCCUGGAGCGCUACCGGGCCGUGGCGGCGCCCUUCCGUGCCCGCCGCUCGUCCAACGUGCGCACCCACUGGCUGACGGCGCUGGCCCUCUGGCUGCUGGCCUUCAUGCUCACACUGCCCAUGAUGGUGAUGAUCCGGCUGCGCGAGGGCAGACCCAGCUCGGCCGGCCUGGUCAAGCGCAUCUGCUUCCCCACCUGGACCCCCGAGGCCUUCCGGGCCUACCUGACCGUGCUCUUCAUCACCAGCAUGCUGGUGCCCGGCCUGGUGAUGGUGGGGCUGUACGCGGGCUUGGCCAAGCGCUACUGGGCGGCGCAGGCUAACCUGGCCAGACGCAGCGGCGGCCCCGGCGGCGGCGGAGAGCGUUCGGUGUCGUCGUCCUCCUCCAGGAAGCGUCGGCGCAGUCUCAAGCACAAGGUGGUGGCCAUGAUCUUCAGCAUCGUGGUGUGCUACUGGGCCUGCUUCCUGCCCUUCUGGGGCUGGCAGCUGGUGAAGCUCUUCUCGCCCGAGUCGCUGCGCGAGCUCUCGCCCGCCGCCCACACUUACGUCAACUUCUUCGUCACGUGCCUCACCUACGGCAACAGCUGUGUCAACCCGCUGCUCUACACACUCCUCACCCGCAACUAUAAGGACUACCUGGCCCAGCGGAGCCACUCGGCCGGGUCCAGUCGGACAGAAGUGGGUUCGGCAGCCGCUGGGGCUCCCAUUGCCGCAGGCACCCAGGAUUUGUAA